GCUACGCCUCACGCAGCGAAAUCAGUUUUCUUUUGUCACCUGAAAUCCGUGUGAUCCACGUCAGUGCAGAGAACGUGUUCCGUCGAGAAAUGCACACUGAAAGGAACACAGAUCGGCAGCUUUGACCGUAUCCGACACAAAGCACGGCGACGCCUGGCCAUGCCGUUUGAGGGGCGACAGGACUUGAUGAAACUGCUUCGCAGCGGUGAGGUCGAUGAGGAAGAUCUCCUCGAAUGCUUGAAAGAUGAUGUGCGUGGCCGAGACCCGUUGGAGGACAAAGCUGACCAUGCUGCCCAUCAGAAGGACAAAGAUUGGUGGACUCCCUUACAUUGGGCGGCACAGGACGGCCAUGAGCGCUUGGCUGAGAAGCUUCUGGGUCUUCGAGUCAGCACAAACGCAGCAGACACCUGCGGUGCUACACCUUUGAUGAUUGCAGCCUUUAACGGCCGCACCCGGAUCAUUGAGGCCCUCCUGAAGGAUCGGUCCACCGAUGUGCGGCAGACGAACAAGUACCUUACUACAGCACUCCACUACGCGGCACAACGUGGACACGCUGCAAGCAUCGAGAUGUUAGUCGAGUCAAAUGCAGAGGUGAAUGCCCUGGACCGGCAUAGCGACACCCCGCUGUCAUGGGCUGCCCGAAGCGGUCACCUGGAUGCGGUGAAGAAGCUCAUCGAAUACCGAGCAGAUCCGCUGCUGGACAAUAAUGCAAGUGAAGAUCCAAUUGAGUUGGCCAAAGCCAAUGGUCAUGAAGAAGUUGCAGAAGUCAUGGAGGCCUCCGUCGAUGACAAGGAGCAGCUUGCAAUGUCCACGUAGGGCUGGUCGCCACGAGAUCCGGAUGGAACUUCCUCUGAGCAGAUCCUUAGCCAUGUUACCUUGCAGGUCGUUUCACCGCCAGCCUCAAGGAGGUGGUUUAGCACCAAAGGUGCAAGCAUAAGCAGCCAUCGGCAAACGAAAGAAACGUUGAUUGAGGUGUGGCGCAGUGUGAUAGAUUUAGUAUUUCAACAUGAAGUCGCAUGUGAUAGGCACGUUUGGCACCAGCAACUGGAUAGCCAAAGAGCACACUCAGGGCGAGGCACGAAGUUCGCGAAGCUCAUGUUGUUUCCAGAACGUCUUGGUCUUGGCUCAGGAUGGUAUAUAUGCAAAUGUUUUUUUUUCUUUGCGUGUCCUUUUCCAAAGCACACGUCCCUUCGGCCCUUCCUGCGAGAGCGACAGUGACUUACCUCACGGUCACAGUUGACCGUGAAGAGUCGUGAAGUGGUGAAGGGGUCUAAGACUCAGAUUUGCUCAAACUCGGUUGCAACACGGAUGUUGUAUUUCCCACCAGGUGGUUGGCUCUACUUUGCAUGGCUCCGUGAC